UCGCGCAUAUAGAUCGCAGAAUUGAAAGAGACAGCUUGGCGAGUGACGAGCUGACGGCACCCACUGACAGUAGUUCCAUUUUCGUCUCCUCGAGAAGGAAGGAAGAAAAGUUGACGAGACGUUUUCCGAUUAUCGUUCGAUGCUUGUCGACGAAAACCGUACCACCUCGCUACGAUGAGAUAACGAUUGCAGAAUGAAAUACAGCGCUGACCUUCUUGGCUAUGCGGUCCUCACGUUCACCCUGCAAUUUAACGGCAAAGUAUCGGCUGCUGGUGCUACCUGCAAAGAUGUAAAUGGAUUAUUUCAUGAAUCUGGCUUUCACUAUAUUCUUGAAUUAGAACCUUGUACGCUUUGUGUGUGCGAUAAUGGAAAUCCUAAGCUGUGUAAGCCAUUUUUCUGCAAGUACAAAGAUCGAGAAACUUUAUCAAAUGCAGGAGUGAAUUGUUUUGGCAAUACCUGCUGUGAAUUGAUUUGCGUGGAUGAUUCAAGAUCCUCUAUAAAUCAUAAAGUGGAUGGAAAUGGUACAAGCAUGGUGGAUGGUAAUACAAAUUAUGAUUUGGGACUGCGGUUAGUGGCCAGCUGUAUCACAGCUCUUUUAUGCCUUGGCUUAUUGAUAUUCCUGAUACAUCGUUUAAGACAGAGAAAACUAAGAGCUGAAAGACAAAGUCAUCAAUUAGCCGAUGAUCAAAGGUCACUGGGUAGUAUGGGAUACUUAGAUAGAAACAAUAUACAACAUGGUAUGCCUAUGGAUGAUUUACAGUAUAAUGGGAGCUAUCCUCUGUGGAAACCACCGAGUAAUUACUUUCCGCGUGGCGAAGCUCCUCCACCUUAUGAAGAGGCAGUAGCAGCAGCUAGAGCGGAACAAGCUCUACUAGCAAUUAAUUCACAUUCGUUCUCCCCUUUGAAUUUUUCCAAUACCUAUUUGACCACUCAUACUCAUACAAAUCUGUCGAUAGUCGCAAACAGUCAGAAUGGUUUACCAGCCAGCUCUCCGACAUUGUUACAAAAUAAUUCAACAAAUACAUCACCGCUGAUUUCUAGCAAUACUAGACCUCUGAGUAGUCCAGCAGCUCAUAGUUGCUAUCAAAUUAAUCAAAUAGAACCAGCAGCUUCGGAUUUAUGUACCGGAGCUUGUUCAACAAGUUUUGCCUCGAAUCCAAAUACUUAUGAGAAGAUAUCGACUCCUAUAAAUAGAUCAGGUUUAUCUAAUAGUGCUUCAAGUAUUACGUCUCAACAGAUUGUUCCUUCAAGUAAUCAACUUUUGUUACCAAACUCUCAAAAUUCAUCUGUAUGUAGUCAUCAACAGUAUACUACUCUUCCUCGUUUGAAUGGAGCUUUUACAAUAUCCACCAAACUUUCGAAUUCUAGUGCAGGAGUGCACCGAACAAUACCGAGAACUCCAGCAACUACCAGUGGUAGCUUACAAUUACGUAAAGAGUAUCCAAUGCACGAGUCAGCAGUUCCAUUAUUCGAGACAUCGUUAAUUCUUCCAAAAAAUACAACGGAUAAUGGGAACCCAUCGCCCAGGUCGACGAUUCCACCGUUAGUCAUUCCGUCGAGCGUACCAUCAACAUCAAGUGGCGAUGCUACAGUGCAAAAAAAUAUUUUCUAUGAUAUUUCAUGUCCUCGAGAUUCAUCCUCUAUAUCAGCAGUGACUGGAGAAACUGCAUUCGCAGAUAAUUCCUUGUGUAAUUAUAAGCCUCCUUUAGCUGCAGCAAACGAAGUUAACGAGGAAGGAAGUUUUGAUUCUGUAACUUGUACCUGCAAUGCGCAGGCUGCUGCACCGUUACACGAUGAUACCGAUGAUUAUCGUAGUGAAUGUGAAAAUUGUAAAGGUGUUACUGACUCUAAAUACUAUUUAGAAAAUGAAGAUGAGCUUGUUACAUCGCCACACGAAACAAUGACACUGCAAAGAAGACCAGAAGACACUACCUCGAAUGUAGCUCCACAUUAUUAUAGAGCUUCUCUUACUCUACCAACAAGUACUCGUCAGCGUACUAGAAGCAGUAGCUCUCGUGGGAACUGGUUUAGUUCGAUGCCAGAAAGUUCAACAGAGUCUUCAGAUGGCGAAUAAUAACAAAUUUGGAUCGAUAAACAGAAACAAAAAUGUAUCCAUGUGCCAAUCGAUCAUUUAUCCAUAAUAUAAACAUAUUUUUGCGUAAUUCUACGAGCGAUAUUAUAUACAUAAUACAUGUCUUAUGUGCCCAUGGACGUAUCUAAUAUUAAUCUGUGACAUUUGUUUAUCAUUCUUGUUGAACAAAUCACCUAAACUUAAUAAUUUUUGAAUAUAUACUACUAAUGUGAUUUAGAGUAAUGCAAAACUAAUGUUUACAAUAAUUAAUUUUUUAGAAAGAACGGCAUUUCUCUACCUGAUUUAUAGCUGUCAAAUUACCAAAGCUUGUA